CCACGAGUAAGUUUGCCCCUCCACAUGCUUUUGGCCCCUCCCCCUCCACCCGUAGCUGUCCGUCCCGUCGACUCAUCUCUGGCUUCCUACAACCCCGAGUUGACCUUUUUUCUUUUCUUCCAACAAGACCGCCUGGAACUGAUUUCUCUCACAGUCGAAACGCAAUUCGAACAUCUACAUCAAUUCAUUCAUAAUGACCGCCUUCCCUGCUCCCCCGGUCGACACCAUCGACUGGUCCAACGUCGGCUUCCUUGUCCGCGAAGUCAAUGGACACAUCGAGUCCACAUACUCCAAGAAGACGGGCCAAUGGACGCCGCUCAAGUUUGUGGCCGACCCAUUCAUGCGCAUCCACGGCAUGUCGCCGGCUCUCAACUACGGCCAGCAGGCCUACGAAGGCUUGAAGGCAUUCCGCAUGCCUGGUGAUGCUGGUCUCGCCAUCUUCCGCCCCGAUCGCAAUGCCGUCCGCCUCCAGCACUCUGCCGAUGUCGCCUCCAUGCCCCCCGUCCCCGUCGACAUGUUCGUCCAGGCCUGCCGCUCCGCUGUGGCCCUCAACGCUGGCUUCGUCCCACCCCAUGAGACGGGAGCUGCGCUCUACGUCCGCCCUCAGCUGUACGGUUCCAGUGCUCAGCUUGGCCUGACUGCCCCCGAAGAAUAUACUUUCUGCGUCUUUGUUGUCCCCACCGGUGUCUACCACGGCACACACCCCGUCAAGGCGCUCAUCUUGGACGACUUUGACCGCACAGCGCCCAAGGGUACUGGCAACGCCAAGAUUGGCGGCAACUAUGCUCCCGUUCUUCGAUGGAGUGACAAGGCCCGCACAGAAGGCUACGGCAUCACACUGCAUCUCGACAGUGCGCGUCACGAGGAGAUUGACGAGUUCAGCACCUCUGGUUUCGUUGGCGUUAUUGACAAGGGCAACAACGACGUGACGCUUGUGGUUCCCGACAGCGCAUGUGUGAUUGACAGUGUCACUAGCGACAGUGUCCAGGAGAUUGGCCGCAGCUACGGCUGGAAGGUCGAAAAGCGCUCCAUCAAGUACACUGAGCUCCCCUUCUUUACCGAAGUCAUGGCUGCUGGCACCGCAGCAGCCCUCGUCCCCAUUCGAUCGAUUACCCGCCGUGGCACUGCUGAGCUGCCCAACGCUGUCAACGUUGCCCGCGACGCCGAGAGCGAGACUGUCACUUAUAUCUCCGACUCCCAAGACGAUGCUGGCCCCGUCUGCUUAAAGGUGCUCACACAGCUCAAGGCGAUCCAAUUGGGCAAGGCUGAUGAUACCUUUAACUGGCGAUGCAACGUCACUGAGGCCGACUUGAAGAUUGAGGGUGCCGAGACUAACGGCAAGGCGUAGUGGAAUGAAGGGCUGAAAAAAAGUAAGCUUAGGAUAUAUACUCCAAAAUUCCAUUUACAGCAAACAAAGGAGAAGAAACGGAUUACGUCUGGAAGAGUUCAUGUAUACAAAAAGAUGUUUUAAAUCGUAUUUGCAGUAGGGGUAGUAGACUAUGUAAAUAAAGUAUGUACAAAGAAAUCGACAUUAUCGGACCCUCAUGUACAAGCUAUGCCCACUGGUUGUCUUCUUUACGAGCGGCGCGGUAGCAGUUCAUUGUUCUUCAUCGUAGCUUUCCUAAAUCGUAGAGCGGCGUACAUUUGAGCAUCCAGUUUUCUGUCCUGCUGUUCUACUCGUCUAGUAGGCGCUGAUUCCACGGUCAAACUGGGCGUUGAUCUCGCCAAUGAGACCCUCAGCAACGGGGCGGAGGUCCACGGGGAUCUUGGAGAUGAGGGCCUUGGAGAAGUCGGCAGUGGCAGCCUUUUGCUUCUUGAGGUUGGACUUGAUGAUGGGGGAGACGAUGAGGUAGAUGUCGAACUUGUGCUUGG